AUGAUCAGCAAAUGCUAUAUAAAUUGCGAAAUCAUUCUUGAUUUCAAUAGUCUACUUUUUUCGAUACUGAAAAAGUAAAAUCCUGAUUUAAAUUUAAGUAAAGUUAUCUAAUUAUAGCAAUCAUAGGUUAGAAUGAUGUUUAAGAGAAUCCAAAAAAAUAUUUAGAAACUCAAGAAUUGCUAGUUUAAAAUUUAAGUAUUAUAAAGCCACAGAUAGGAGCUAUAGAAACAUGUAAGAAUCUUAUAGAAUUUGUUUAGUAUAGUUUUUAUAAUCCUAAAAUAUUGAACCCAUAAUUUAUUCUGAAUAUUCAGAAUAACUGUAAUAAUACUUUCCAUAUCUGAAAUGGCAAGAAUCUACAGAUUAAGAUUAAGGUGCCCUAUUUAUAGAUCCAAAAUUAGAUUAUUGUGAAUAGUUAUUUCAAAAAGAUCUGAAAGUAGUUUUGUUCAAGAAUCAUAAACUUAAAGACAAAGAUUAUUGGAAUUAAUUAUUAUAAAAUAAAAAAAUUCCCUUUGUUGAAUCUUGGGAAAGUUUUCCCUGGUAAGAUUUUAAAUUUCAGACUAAACCGAUUUUCUCAGUAGAAUAGUAUAAAGUAAAUGAAUGUGAAAAUGCAGCAACCUAAUAUUGGAAUACAUUUUUAAAGUUAAACCCAAUAGAAUUCACAAGUUAAAUAAUUCAUGGAAGAAAUAGAGGAGGAACAAUGCUUGGAAUACCUACAGGUAAUAAUUUAUGAUAAUAGUAUAAGCAAAUUUAUAAAUAAAUGAGGAAAUUUUAAACUUAACUAAAAAUUUACUACCAGGAGUAUAUACAGGUAUAACUUAUCUUGAUAAUGUAAAAUAUGGUGGGGUUUUAUCAAUUGGAUAUAAUCCUUAUUUUUUAGAUACACCUCUAACUAUUGAAGUUUAUCUUUAUGGAGAGUUUUAAGAAGACUUUUAUGGUGCCAAUCUAAGAUUAAUUAUAACACAUUUCAUGAGGCCUGAAUCAGAUUUUAGAACUUUUGGUAUUCAAUAUGUAUUAAUUUAAAGAUCAUUUGAUUAAAGCAAUAAGUAAUGAUAAAAUAAUUGGGAGAAAACUUGUUUGUUGA